GUAGCCUGCAAGUAUGAGACAGAUCCAUGACAGAGCAUUUUGGCAGACCUUGGUCACCGCCUGCUUGGUGAUGGAUGCACACGGUCAUCGACUGGACAAACGUGGAAGAAGAAGGUGAAAACGGGGGAGAUGAAGAAGCACCAGAGUCCCACUAAACAGCAGCAGCCGCCGACUGAAGCCCCGGCUCCAGGCGGCGAGGUGACAGUCCAGCAACUCAACGAGCUGCUGUCCAACGGCAGCGGCUUCUACAGCCUCCCGACCCAACACUUCAACGAGGUCUACCCGAGGAUCUACAUCGGCAACGCAUUCGUGGCCCAGAACACGAUGCGUCUGCAGAAACUAGGUGUGACGCAUGUCCUCAACAUGGCGGAAGGCACCUCUUUCAUGCACGUCAACACCAGCGUUGAGUUCUACGCCGGCACCGGCAUCACGUACCACGGCGUCCAGGCCAACGACACGGAGAAGUUCAACCUCAGUGCCUUCUUUGAGGAGGGAUGUGAGUUUAUCGACAAAGCCCUCGCUCACAACAAUGGCAAAGGGAAGGUGUACGUCCACUGCAGGGAGGGUUAUAGCCGCUCCCCCUCCAUGGUCAUCGCCUACCUCAUGCUGCGACACAAAAUGGAUGUCCGACUGGCAGUGGCCACAGUGAGACAGAAGAGGGAGAUUGGUCCCAACGACGGGUUUCUUCGCCAACUGUGCCAGUUGAAUGAGAAGCUGGCGAAGGAGGGCAAGCUGAACGGGGAGGCGGGGAAACUAAAGACCAAAUGAGUUGAGCGCCUACAGCCUCCCAUCAUGCCUUUGAACGGUUUGCUGUCGAAGACUGGCCGCACUCCGACCAAACCAGCAUCCAUCCGACUCACCGGGGUAAACACUUGCACAUACGCAGUCUUUCCACCCACUUUUCAUGUGGACGACUCCCCUCACCUGUUCUGCUGCAGGAUAAUCAAUCAGCCUGCUCUGAACCCAAAACACACAUCAUUCCUUUUUGAAUAACAGCGACUUGAGGCAUUCCUUCAUGUCACAAAAAGUGGAAAUUGUAGCCCAAAAAUCAAGGCGAGUAUAGCACAAUCAUUCCAUAGUUUUCACUGCCCGGAAUGUGGUUGAGUUCUUUUCCAAUGCCGAAAGUUACGUUUUACGAUCAUUUGAGGUGAUUGAUCUGAACAUUCCAAGGAGAGUAUUUACAGCGUUUUUAAUGGCACGCUCCUGUCGUGCUGGCGUCCUCCACUCUUUGGCCUCUAGUUUGACAGUCCGGCCUCAAACCUGACCGAAGCAAAGGUCACACUCAUUAAAAAUAACAAGCUGCAGCCAUUUUCAGCUGACAGUGUAAGGAAUGUCGGCCGUGGUUUUUACCCUAAGAUGCAAUUUUUACUCCGAAGAACACGUCCGGGACUCCGUGUCAGGCUCCUCUUUCCUUAUCUGGAAAGAGAAAUGUGUCCAAUGCCAAACAUGAUUAUAUUUAUAUGAUUGAUAUUUUUAUUAACUAAGGGAGAGCGAUGAUCUCCACUGCUUGUACAAUUUGUCAUGACACGCCAAGUUCACUCUGGAGCAGUGAUAGCGUCCGCUCUCUGAUAGCUUGGAACCACUGUAUAUUCAAGUAAAUUAUGAAAGGUUGAUGUACCGGCUGGACCAUGGCUGCCGAGUCUCACCAAGGCUCCUCCUUAGCACUAGGCUUUACUCAAAUGAGUCUCUUGAGAAAUUGAAAAGAAGAGCUAAAAUGUGAAAUGGGAAAAUUAUUGGACUAAAUUGAUUUCAUUUUCAGAAAAAAUAAAAAUAAAAUGGAAUUUCUUUUAAUGACUUUUAUGUCUAUGUUGCAAAGGAAAAUACAGGCAUACAGUACAAAUGAAAAUUAAUCGUACUUGACAAUGUUAUUUAGUUGUUGUUAUGAAAUGAAAUUAAGCCAGCAUGGUGUUGCAUAAAGAUGCAGUGUUACACUCAUCACAAACAUUUGUUAACUCUGAGAUUCUCAUUUUGAUUUUCACACGCAAUUAUCUGUUGUUAGAAAGCUGACAAAGCAAAUCUCUUGUUUAAUUGUUCUUCUAAAAAUAUAUAUAAAAAUAAAUGAGUUUUAUAAUCUCUUUAUUUUAUUAAAUUAAUUUUCUCAAGAUAAUAAUUUAUUCCUGAAUAACAAUUUGCUAAAUCGAAAUGGAUGCAAAUAUUGUAAACAGCCUUAUAAUAAAGACCAUUUUAAACAAUGGAUUAGAAUUAAAGUUCAACCGUAUUUGCCUAAAUGGCAUUUUAUUUGUCAGUCUGCCAACUGAUCCACUGUCACAAUAUUAUCAUCCUAUUGACACCCCCCAGAAUGAGGCAGUUAUAAUGAUACAGAGAUGUUUUGGCCUUAUACAUAUGUGAAAACACAUUCAGGUGUCACACUAGAGGCCCAGUUCUCGGCAACAGUGCUUCAUCUCAUCUGCAGCCCAAAACCAAACCUCACUACAUCAACACCGGACCCAACAUCUUGGCCCAUCUCCUCUUUCAUCCUCUGUCAUUCAUAUGUAUAGCGAUACCCCGUCAGAUAUAUAGAAUGUACUUACUUCGCCAUUAUUCAGGCUGUAGUUGUUGCGUAUCCAACAGUACUUUCUUUGAGGUAAUAUUACUGGCAGAAUACUGUAAACUCCACCUCAAGUGUUUCUAACGCCGUCAAAGAUACAGUGUGUUGGAGUGGGGAGCAGGUGGUCUCACCGCAUUAAUGGCACUAUUUAUUCCUCCUUUGAUGUAUCUGUAUACAUACGACUAUAAACAUGUAUACUGUAUAUACAUACCUAAGUGUUGACAUAUAUGAAUGUAUGUGUAGGUGUCGUCAGUGUGUCCCUGUAUGUCAUAUAUGUGUGUCAUGCUGCUGAAUUAUUCAUGACUGUUUUUCCAUCCACAUGCACAUUAACAUCAGCUAUGAUGUGCAUGAGCACCAUUGAUGCUGGGUCUCACAUACUGAGCUUUGACUGAACCCUCAAAACGGCCUCUUUUUUUUGGUGAAAUACAAAGCAGCAAGACCCAGGUGGAAGUGCAGUGUUGCAUCAAAAUGUCUUAAUUCUCUGUACCUAGGACUGAUCAUCUUCACUUCAACCAAUUCAUGUGGUCAUAGUCUCCCGUCUGGACAACUGUAACCCUCUCCUCACUGGCAUCCGCAACAAAUCUCAGUCACGCCUCCAGCUGGUUCAGAGCUCAGCAGUAAGGCUUCGAACUGGCUCGAGCAGACAUAGCUUCUCUGCACUGGCUCCCUGUCCACGUUAGAAUGGACUUAAAGAUGAACUUUGAACUGGCCCCGACUACAUUGUAGAACUGCUGACCCUCUACGAGCCUGCCAGGACCCUCAGAUCCUCAGCUGGGUUUCUACUAGUUGUCCCUUAGUCAAAACUGUGACAGAGCCUUUUCUGUCAGGGCUUCUCCACUCUGGAUCAGUCUGCCAGAGGAGAACUAAAACACAACGUGCACCGCCACCUUUAAGAUUCUGCAUUUUCAUUAGUUCUUCGUUCCUUUUCUGAGUUCUAAUUCACUGAGGGGCCAAUUCUCAGUACUUUACAAUAUAUAUAUAUAUAUA